GCAGUAAAAUCAUGCCCCCUUCUCAGACUCUUGCUUCUCUUCGUUCUCCCAAAACACAUCGCAGACGAUGUCAUCCCCGCGCUUUUCCAAUACGAUCCUCGUUCCAGGAACGAGUGGUCAGAGUCCUUCUCUGCAGACAUUUGGAGCGUUGGAUCAGCCAAGGAAAAAACGGCCCCAUCGGAAGAGUCGGAAGGGUUGUGAUGCCUGUAAACGACGGAAAGUCAAGUGUGACGAAAGAGUGCCCUGCACGAAUUGUCUACAGCGCAAUGAGCAGUGCUUCCAGCCACAUUAUGUUCACGUUGCUCUUCCAACUGUGGCAAAGCCUAUUGAUCCGGUUCCUUGGAUCAAUCUAAUGCAUCUUGAGUUAUUCUAUCACUGGGAUAAAGAAACAAGACCGACCCUUGCAUUUCCCCAGAUCUGGCCCAUUGUUAUGCAACAAGCCUUCCAUGAAGAUUUCGUCAUGUCGGCCAUACUCUGCACUUCGGCAAUGCACCUAACUUCCCUCUGCCCAAAUGAGCCCAAAUACAAAGACGCUUCAGAGCAUCUAAUGGCCAAAACCGUGCAACUAUUCCGCAAAAACUUAUCCCGUCCAUUUAACAAGCAAAACUGCGAAGCACUCAUGGGAACAGCUCUUCUCGUCAACUACAUAUCAUGGUUCGAUCUUGACUUCCUCCACGGCCAGAAUAAACUGGACCUUGCGAAAGACCAAUUAUUUUUCCUGACCCCUGGAAUAAUUGAGCUCUGGUUUCGGGCGAUGCCCAUCUUUAUUGACCAGGGAAGCAUUUUCGCUGGCGUCGCGAGGCAUUCUCCAAGAUUUAAUAUUGAGCAGGCUCUUGUUACUUGGGGCCAUGAUCCGGAGCGCUUUGUUGGUUUGUUUAUGGAGAUCUGGGAUGAUCCUCGGUAUCAGGGGGAGAGUUGCCCAGUUGCAAGUGACGAGCCGACAUCGUGCGCUUGGCGACUUCUUCUGGGCAUGGAGAAUCAGAUACCGCAUAACUCACCCAGGUCUCCUCCGGCUGAAGCAUCAUGCGAUGAGGAUACACACAACCAGUCACUCACGCAUCUCAAAGAAGUCAUUACUGAUGUUACGGACAAGUUCACCUUCCCCAACCACCCCGCUGCCUCCAUCGUUCUGUCAUCCCAGUCCGACCGUUCAGUCUUCGAAACCCUCAUGCACCGAGUAUCUCCUCUUCUGAGCUGCGCAUCACUCGUGGCGGGCCCAAUGCGCUGUGACAUGAUUUCUUCUAUCAGCACCGACAUUGAGGAGCUGUUCUUUGGGGUUCCAGUUCUUUGUUCUGGACCUAUUGCCCGCUGGAUUGGUAGCGGAGAUUCGAGAAUUCUCUUGUUGCUGUGUCACUUUUACCGUGCUGCACAGAUUUUACUGCCUAAGAAAAGAAGUUGGUGGGGGUAUACGAGAAGUUGCGUUAUGGAGCGUUUGAUCCUAGAUGAAUUGAAGUCGAGAGGGCUUCAUGUCGACUUUUAUGUUUGACGGCAGGUUCAAGAAAGUGUUCAAAUCCGAAUCUAAUUCAAGUGGCUAUUCGAGAUCGUCACGACGGAAAAGGGGGAGGGAAAAGCCAACGAUAGCUUAUUGUUUCACUAUCAAACUACUCUUGAACGGAGCCAGUCAUGCUUGUCGCUAUCACCGUAACUAACUUCCCGUGUGCUCAAAUGCUGAACACCAUGAACCUGAUAUGCAGGUGAUUCAGUUUAGACAGUUCCUAG